AUGGAGAGGAUCCUUACUCCAGUUUUCAAGAUUAUUAAAAAUAUCAUUGGUAUAUUGGUUGAAAAAGCUCACAAUGCUGAUCUUCACUACGUUGACUGGAAUCCCCAUGAUGAUAAUCUAAUUCUUACUGGGUCGGCAGAUAAUUCUGUUCGCUUGUUUGAUCGGCGCAGUCUCACCUCUAAUGGGGUUGGGUCUCCUAUCCAUAAGUUUGAGGCUCAUAAAGCCGCUGUUCUUUGUGUUCAGUGGUCUGCAGACAAAUCAUCUGUAUUUGGAAGUUCAGCAGAAGACGGUCUCUUAAACAUUUGGGAUUAUGAGAAGGUUGGUAAAAAGAUAGAGCGAGCUCGGAAAACAAUAAACUCUCCUCCAGGGUUGUUUUUCCAACAUGCUGGUCAUAGAGACAAAGUUGUUGACUUCCACUGGAAUGCAUAUGAUCCAUGGACAAUUGUAAGUGUGUCUGAUGAUUGUGAAAGCACUGGUGGAGGGGGAACGUUGCAGAUAUGGCGUAUGAUUGAUUUGCUCUAUAGACCAGAGGAUGAGGUUUUGGCAGAGUUGGAGAAAUUCAAAUCUCACGUGGUGGCUUGUGCUGCAAAAACCGAUGCAUAAUUUACUUCAUAGACGAAGGGUUGUGUAAUAUUCACUGAAUCACUGUUUUAUUCACUGUUUUAUUUUCUUAGCUCAUGUGGCUCCAUUUCACUGGACAGAACUAGAUGUAGGCUGGAGAUUGGAGAAUGAAUAGGCUUAUUUAUAACAAGA